UAGGAAUGCAGACUACUUCUAUAAAUAUUUGUGAAAGAAUGGGUCGCUCUCAGGAGCUCAGUGAAUUGAAGCGUGGUACUGUGAUAGGUUGCUACCUGUGCAAUAAGUCCAUCCAUGAAAUUUCCUUGUUACUAAAUAUUCCACGGUCAACUGUUAGUGGUAUUAUAACAAAGUGGAAGCAACUGAGAACAACAGCAUCUCAGCCACGAAGUGAUUAGCACAGCAGUGCGUAGAGAGCUUCAUGGAUUGGGCUUCCAUCAUGCUUCUCUGGCAAUCUGAUGGACGUGUCUUGGUUUGGCGGUUGGCAAGUGAAUGGUACUUGCCUGACUGCAUUGUGCCACGUGUAA